AUGUAUUUUCUUCUACUUCUUCCAUCAUACUUUUGGCCUGGACCACUUUAUUCUUUAUACGAAUCAGAUUAUUACUGUGGUAUUCCAUAUGAAAAAGUUGUUGGACUUUUUUAUACGGUACUAAAUAUAUUCUUUUUUCCAAUCGUUUAUCUGGCAAUAAUUUAUGGUCGUUUUCUGUAUUUUAUUCAUUACCAUGCUUCUCAAUUGUCACAAGAACGACAACGAAGAAGGGCUCAACGUGAUCUCACGAUCACUCGUCGUAUUUUAUUUACUGUCAUUGCUCUUACUUUACCGGGAUCGCCAAAUACAGUUUUCGUUAUCAUGACAAAUAUUGAUCCUCGUAUUUCAGGCUCAUAUUAUAUGUAUCGAAUUCAAUGGUUCGGUCCAGCAGUAACUAUAUUUAUACUUAGUAUAGCAAUCGUAUUUAUUACUCCACAAAUCAAACAAAUACUUAUGAAAUUAAAAUUUCAUGGAAAUCAAGUAGUACCAAUGGAAUCAACAUUGCGAGAACGACAACCUUCUGUUCUUCUACCAAUACGAAUUGAAAUUUAA